AUUAUAAACUUAAAAAUGAGUAAAACUCCAGGAAAAGUAUCAAGACCUUAUGAGGGAAUACGUUAUUCAGCUGAUAAACAAAUUGUUGUUCUAGACAUUGGAGCAGCAUACACCAAAUUUGGUUAUGCUGGUGAAGCCACACCCAGAGGAAUAAUAAGAACAGAAAUAAAAUGUCCAACAUCAAAAUUAGUUAGAAAAAUAUAUAGAUACAAUGAUGUUGAUGAUUUGUAUCAAUUACUAGUUGAAUUUCUUCAUGCAUUAUUUUUCAGACAUGUUGUGAUAACACCAAAAGAUGUUAGAAUGGUAAUACUAGAAUCACUGCUAACACCAACAAAAUUUCGUGAAACACUUGCUAAAGUAUUAUUUCGUCAUUUUGAAAUUGGAAGUUUGAUGUUAUUACCAAGUCAUUUGGUAACAAUAAGCACACUUGGUUAUGAUACAGCACUUGUACUUGAUGUUGGAUAUCAGGAUGCAACAUUAAUACCAAUAUAUCGUGGUGUUGCAAUACUAAAAGCUUGGCAAAGUUUACCACUAGCUGCUGAAGCUAUUCAUGAAUCUCUAAUGAAAAAAUUUCAAACUGAUUAUCCAACAAUUGACAUCAACGAAAAAUUAAUUGAAGAUAUUAAAGUACGUACAUGUUUUGUAACAAGCCUAGAACGUUCUAAAAAAUUAUCAACAAAUGAACCACCAAUACCACCACCUUCUGUUAAAUAUCCUGGUGUUAAAACAAUAAAUAUACCUGGUGAAUAUAGAGAAGAAUCAUUUGAAUUAUUAUGGCAACGUGAUAAUGAUAAUUUAAGUAUACCAACAAUGAUACUUGAUGCAAUAAUUAAAUGUCCAAUUGAUACACGACAACAAUUAGCUGAAAAUAUAUUACUCAUUGGUGGUACAACAAUGACAAAAGGUUUUAAAAGUCGUUUAAAUAAUGAACUUAUUGAAUUAUUAAAAUCAUCAUUAUAUAAUGAUAAAUUAAAAAUUAAAAAAUUUAAAUUUCAUAAUACACCAUGUAAAGCUAAUUAUACUGCUUGGCUUGGUGGUGCAAUAUUUGGUGUUGCUGAUUUACCAUCAAGAUGUAUAUUAAAAGAAAAUUAUUUAAAAAUUAAUCGUAUUCCAGAUUGGGCAAAUCUUUUGGAUAAUCAAAAAGAAAUUGGUUCAAAUUAUAGUAUUUAAAAAACAAAUUAUAAAUUAAAUAAAAAAAUAUUAAUAACAAAAAAU